AAAACAGUGAUGACGUAGAUUUGUCCUAAUACCUUAUUCAUCACACUAAGUUAAAUCGAAUAAUAUAUAAAUUAAAAAUUUCUUUGUUUUAUAAAAUUAACAUUGAUUUUCUACAAGUAAUGUACUGAUUGAUACUAUCAUGACUAUACUAUCUAAUAGCUAUUGCAAAUUUUGAAAGAACAUGUAGUUUUCACUUUUUAUUUUGUUGAAAGUAUUUCGUAACAAAAUGUUAUAAUUACACUCCAUCGAGAUUUCGCUGAGAUUAUUAUAAUAUGAAUCAUUUUAAGGGAUAAGAUAAAAUUAUAAUUUAAAAGGUAGGCUGCGUCACGUGGUCUGUGAAUCUGUGAACGAUAACGAUAUGAAAGUGUAUGAAAGCAGUCAGCUUAGGUCAGGUUAGGUUAGUUGAAGCAAGUCGAAGCGAUCAGUAUUGGUCAGAAAAUUUAACACUAUCCUGUGUCAAUGUUUUAGCAUUAUUUACUAAUAAAACUUGAGUUAUUUAUUGUAAGGAUAUCUGACUUUAGUGCUUCAGUGCAAUUAUAGAAUGAAUAGAUUUUAAAUUUAGACGAAAUAAAGGAAAUGGCGCCGUAUUUGUACGAAGCAAAUUCUAUGGAGAACGAAAUCACAUGAAACCAUUCUGCUUUGUAAUGAUACGUGAUAUAUUUAUUAAUAAGGAGUAUGGAAUAAAUAAAAAUGUUUGUGAAAGACCCUUGCGGCAUCGUGUGUAUCAUAGUCACGUACGUCGCUGUUUUUUAUGCAGAUUAUGUGGUUGUACGUUGGAUUAUCCUGCAUAGUUUACAAGACAGUUUGUGGGGUCCCUUUCAUGUAGUGGCUUUCAACACAGUUGUAUUGUUAUUGGUAAUGUCACAUUUGAAGGCAGUCUGUAGCGAUCCUGGGGUUGUACCACUACCACAAAGUCGUAUGGACUUUUCUGACAUACAUAUAGAUAAUCCAGAGACAAAAAUUGAAUGUGAUGAAAGUGAUAACUGGACUGUAUGCACUAGGUGCGAAACUUAUAGACCACCUAAAGCACAUCAUUGUAGAAUUUGUAAGCGAUGCAUUAGAAGAAUGGAUCAUCAUUGUCCAUGGAUAAACAACUGCGUUGGGGAAAGAAAUCAAAAGUACUUUAUCCAAUUUCUGGUCUAUGUUGGAAUGUUGGCUGUCUAUGCGCUAGGUCUGGUAAUAACAUCAUGGAUCAUAGAAUGUUCUCAUUGCAGUAACGACAUAGCAUACAAACAGAGUCGCAUCUUACACUGUGUUAUAUUGGUGUUGGAGUCGGCAUUGUUUGGCAUGUUUGUCAUCGCGGUACUGGUAGACCAAUUUCAAGGUAUUCUGGGAGAAGAGAACACAACAGAACGUAUGCAAAAUAAUCAUCAUUAUAAGAAAAACAAUUCCCGUACUUUGGUACUACUUUCUCAGGUUUGUGGCAAGAGUCAUCCAAUUUUAUGGAUGCUCCCUUGCCAAAACCCACCACGAUAUAUUUUCCGAAGAGAUGCGUACCUGAUCGAUCACGAGGUCUAGAUAAAUCGAUAAAUAAUUCCCAAACAGUGAAUGCUUCUUUUGUGGCUUGUUACAUCAUAAAUACUUUUUUAUAUGUAAUUUAAAUGUCUUUUCCUUAUUUAAUGGACAGAAGGUGCAAUUUAUAAAAGGUGGAGAUAUUAUUAUAUAUUAUAUAAUUUAGGGAAAUGAAAAAGGUAUUAUUUAUAUGCUCGUAAGUUUUAUUAUUUAAAAUUAAAGUUUAGUAAAUUUUAAUCUUUUGUAAUUAUUUACUUUUCUUAAAAACUUUAUAGCGUAAAGUCGCCAAAGUAAGAAAGAAGAAGCGGAAGAUACGAGGCAAUUUAAAGUGUAAUUGUCUCAGUUUUGUAACAUGAUUUUCAUCCGUAAUAAUGCAAUUUGAAACAUUGAAUGAAUAUGUUUUGAAGUAUUAUUAUUAAGGAAUUAAUUUGUGUAUCAUUCCAUAAGAUUAAAUAAGUCUAAAUAUACUUGCAAGUUUAAUAUUCAAUACAAUUGAACCAAGUAUUAAUAAUUCUAGCAAAGGAUAAAUCCUUAGUGAAACUUGCAAAAUUGCGUAUGUAGACAAAUUUGUCAAUAUCUUUAGCAAAGUUUUGUUAUGAGUAUAUAUAAGUUGUUCAUUAGAAAAGUGGUGAUUUAUUCAUUUUUGUUUGAAGACUAUUACAGUAAUAGAAAUACUUAUAUAUAUCUCUUUAUUUUUCAAGAAUAUAAAGCUCAGCAGAACUGCCACUGUGAUCCAAGUUUUAGGAACAAAAUAUUGAUAUUAUUUAAAAAAAAAAAAGAUAGGUUUACAUCACUUUUAUAAUGAGCAGCUCAUUAAAAUAUUCAAUGCGUCAUUGUAAUGUAUGUAGAAUUCAAUACUAGUCCGCAUUAAUUUGUACAAAUAUUAACGAAAUUGAUUUGUAUUAAAGUGGUAUAAAAUUA